AACUGAAGCCUGAAGUGAAUUGAGGAGCUGUUGAGGCCGGAGGGGUGUUUAUCACGAUUGAGAGCGAAUCUGUGGAAAACUCCGAAGGUCAUCCACAAUGCAGUCGGCGCACCGCGAUGAUUUCUUUCAGACAACGACCUCGUUGGAGGAGAGUCGACGGAAAGCUGAGAAAGCGGGAAAUAAAAAUGGAAAUCCAAUUCAGCUUCCAGGCAAGAUUCUAGCAAUUGCUCCCGAUCCUUUUAACUUGAACUCUAUCUUUAUCGCGGAAAGUUCUGGUGUUUUGAGAACUAUCGCCCUCGAAACAGGUGAAACCACUGCGGUUUAUAGAGGGCCUACGGCACCAUUGACGAGCCUUUCCUUCUCUCCCGAUGGGAAGACUGUAUUUUCCGGAUGCUGGGACAAAAGCAUUUGGAGUUGGGAUGUGAAGACCCGCAAGCCUGGGCGCAGGUACCUCGGACACACAGAUUUUGUAAAAACAGUGCUCUGUCCCCGGGUUUCCGGCUUCAAUAUCCUCAUUUCCGGUGGAGCAGACGCAGAGGUUAUCAUUUGGGAUGUAUCUAAAGGCACGAGGCUCCAUGUCCUCAAAGACCAUUCACGCGGGGUUCAGGACUUGAUUCUAGAUCCUGUUGCGACAGAGGCGAGCGGCGUCAUUACAGUUUUCAGUGCCUGCAGCGACCGUACGAUACUACCUUUUAGCAUACCGUCAAGUCCAGGAGCUUUGGCGGUCUCGGAACCUAUCCUAGAACAUGAAACCAGUGUUUAUAGGUUAUUUUUUGACGAAGAUGGAGAUUUAUGGACUGCCUCUGCUGAUAAAACCGUUAAAUGCCUUACACGAGAAAGUGGGUGGAAAUCAGAUCUUAUCUUAGAGCACCCAGAUUUUGUGAGAGAUGUGGUAGUACACGAAGCAGGUGGGUGGGUGAUUACUGCUUGCAGGGAUGAAGAUGUUAGGAUAUGGAAUCGAGCUACUGGCGAACUCCACCACACAUACCACGGUCAUUUUGAAGAAGUUACUGGUCUGCUAUUACUUGGAUCUAAAGUUGUCAGCGUAAGCAUUGAUGGUACCAUUCGACAAUGGUCUCUCCACCCAGAGGAUCUUCAUCAAGCAAAACUAGAAGCCAGGGGGGUUCCCAAGGACGAAGAGACCGCUCAGGGUGGAGGAAUGCUGACGGAAGAGGAAGAACGCGAGCUCGAUGAAUUACUGAAUGAAUAUUAGAUGAAAUCUUCCAGCAAAGGUCAGGAGUAAUAAUUAAACAAAGUAGUAUAAAUCAUAAGUAAGCCACUUGAUGAAAAUUUUUAAGGUCUCAAUCAUCUGGGCAAUGUUCUGCACUGGGACAGCGCUCGUGACACUUGACAGAGCAAUGGAUAGGAUAUUUCCUGCUGG